UGGGCUCAAUCUCCUGAGUAUAUUUUUUUGAACAUCAAAUUUUCUCAUCGUUGGAGCUCCCCAGGUGCCUUGAAAGUAAAGGAUGAAAAAAUCGUUUCUAAGAAAAACAACUUCUCCUUUUCUGCUCUUAGCAACGAUUCAAAUUCUGUAACAAAAAAGUAUAUAGUUGAUUUGACCUUACUAGAUAAUAUUAUAGAAUCCGAGACCAAAUACAAUUUUGCUUCAGUCGGAAAAGUAGUAGUCACCUUAAAAAAAGAAAAAAAAAAAAUUUGGAACAGGCUCCUACUGUCAAAAGAAAAGUAUCCAAAUAUGCAAGUGUGGUGGGAUAUGAAAGAAAAAUAUUAUGAUAGCGUUCAGAAUUUUUUGAAGGAAGAAAAAAAGAACUCUGAUAAGUUACAAGAUGAUAUAGAUGAAGAUGAAGAAAAAUAUUUUGAUGAGGAAAUUUUAAGGGAAGCCAAAAAAAAAAGUGAAGAAUAUGAUAAAGAUGAUGAAGACUUAUAA